UUCGCGGUCUUCGUCAACAUAUGUUGGAUUUAUCCUGCUUUAUACUAUGCUCCUAUGUGUUUCCCUAUUCCGAUGCUUCAGCUUCACCAACCCUCCGAUUCUCGUCAGCAAAACCCUAAAUCCGCUCUUAUCCCCUUAUCCGCAGGCUCUUUCUUGGUUAGACUCGAUUGGAACUCUUGCUUGCUUGGGCUUGAUGCAGAAGAAAAAAAAUCAUGCAGUGGCGUCCGUAACUAUGAAGAAGAUCAUUAGGUUUGCCUUGAAGAAUCAGUAGCUGCAUUUGGAGGUCGGUGGUUGUUUUAUUGUGUUUUGGUUAUCAGCUGAAAAAAGGCGGAUUUUUGGUGGCGAAUUUGAUAUCUUUGGAAUUGUUUUGGUGGCAGGAAGAUGGCCUUUCUGAAGUAAACCAAGUGUUCUCGCACAGAUGCCAGCAAAUAUAUGGAUAUUUGGGCUGUGAAUACUCCAUGUUACUGAGAUGAUGGAUGUUUUGGUAUAGGCACUUCAUAUUUGAUCAGAAAGCUGAUGAUGGUGGAUCCUUUGCUGGUGGACUUGAUCUAUUUUGAACUCUUUCUUGGUUGCAGGAAGAUGGUUUUUCCGUUUCUUUUUUGAAGCAGACGAAGUGUUCUCUUAUAGUUACAGAUGCUAGCAAACAGAUAGAUAUUAGGCUGUGGAUACUCAAUAUUAAUGAGAUGAUGGAUAUUUUGGUAUGCACACUUUAUACUUGACUAGAAAGCUGGAAUUGGGGUCAUCAUGGAUAAGAAUAGUUCAAGAGAAAAAGAACUUGUUUUUGAUUUAGAGGGCGGUGAGAAUUCCGUGAUAAGAGAACUGGAAGGAUCAAAAGAUACAUGGUGUAGUGCCGGACAGGACAAUGGAAUGUUGAGUAGGGUGUGGAGUAGCUUCAUCAAUAUUGAUGGGCCGAUAAAAGGAGAAAGAGUAGUAAGGUUGGGGGAUAGUGCAUCUAGCUCUGUGGAGCUUUCUCUCAUAGAUGGGGAAGCCUUGGGGGAUAGGAGUGUUGGACUAGAGGCAAAAAUGGGCCUCUUGGAGAAGAAGGUUGGACUUGAGACAACAAAAAAGAAGGGGUGCAAGAAGCCACCGAAACCACCUCGGCCACCCAACUCUCUGCCUUUGGAUGUGACCAACCAGAAGUUGAUGAAGGAGAUCUCAGAAAUUGCAAUGAUGAAGCGAGCUAGGAUCGAGCGGAUGAAGAAAAAGGUUAAGGAUGCCAAUUCUGCGCGUAUUAACGGCAACUUGUGGGCCUUGAUUAUCACCAUUCUUUUCAUCCUUGUUAUAAUGUGGCAAGGAGUUCUUCCUAGCGGCAGCUCCAGUGGCAGAUCCAAUGGUCACCCCGAAUCCUCCGUAGAAACAAGGGGCGGGUUGAUUUCUAUUCACUUCUACAAGAAUGCAUCAGGAAAUACUCCUAAGGCAUCCACCUCCAUGUCUCCCAACGAUGUCGAACCAGCGUCCGGGUAUGAUGAGCACAACAAAGCAACGAGGAAUAGAUCUGGAAGCUUGAGAGAGCGAAACCAUGCAAAUCCUUCGAUGGGAUGAGCUCGAUCGAUCAUGUGUGCAGAGACCAACAGCUGAAUGGUACGUCUCUUCCAAUCUGCUCAUGUAUAUAUGAACAUAGAUAGUAUUCCUGUACAUGACCCUUCUGUGUUACUCCAUCACGACUCCUAGUCUUUUGUCACAGCGGUUAACUGUGCCCGAGCCGUGUCCUUUACGUCACCUACUCACGAAACAUCAAUCGUCAUGUCACCUCAUGCAAUCAAUCCCCUUAGAACUUAAAUGGAGAAGGAAAGCAUAUUACUACUGA